CAAUGAGUCGAACGUGAAGUGAUUUCAAUCGUAUUAUUAUACGUGAAACCUAGUCGAGAACAUAUUUUUUCCGCUCAUCGCCUGCAUUUUUUUUUUUCAAUUACAUUUUAGCGCACUAUUUCGAGUGAUCUCGUGGCCCAAAAGUCUUAACCGCAUUCGUGUCGAAUCCUAGAAUGUAAUUUAUCAACGUUGUUUGUGCACACAUCAUACGCAGUUGUACCUACGCACGACGGAAGUUUAUGCCUUUCGGUAAAUGUACGUCAAACAUGUUUCGUCAAUCAACGUUUUCACUCUCUGUCUCUUUCUCUUUCCGUGGGUUAACACUCGCCAACGAAUAAGAAAUAUUAUAACAAGCGCCCACGUGUCAAAACCAUGUCAAUUUAAAAAAAAUGUGCUUUCAAAAGUUCAGUGCUACAAGCACGUGCCUAUUAUAGUGCUUGCGUGUAAACACGCCACUGGUCAGUCUUAUUACGGUACACAUAUUCCAAUUAACUAACUGCAAGCAUAUACUCGAAACAAUUUCUGUAACAUAACGAUCCGGUAUCGUAACGCCGCCGUUGCGUUUGCCGUGUCAUAAUAUUUUUAUUUUAUUAACAAACAGCAACGGAACGUGAACGAUGACUCAAGGGCGGCUGUGGCGACUCGCGAAAUCGCAUCAGCAGUUCGCGUGUGUAAAUCAUCAGUAACGUUUAAAUAACAUUCGACCAACGCCGUGACUAAUGUAAUUAACGUUUACUGACUUACAGUACCUAUAUAUAAUUCCAAAUGAUUCGAGCCACCUGAAGAUCGUUAAAAAAUGAUGUACACAAUUAUUUUUUACGUCAGGGUAAAACAAUUGAAUAAAAUUUAACUAUUAACAGUACAUAUGUUGUAUAUGGUUCACCGUACAGAAAUUAUUAGAUUUAUUAGACGGGUACCUAAUCUGCUAGAACGUUAAUAGUUUCAAUCAUCAUACUUUGAAAUAAAUCAAUUAACUGUUAAUCCUUUUUAACGUGCCGUAUUGGAAACAGUUCCUUAGCAAACUGUUCCAUUUUUGUAUUAGGUUUCAGGCGUUUCAGCAUAUCAUUUUUCCAAAUUUCUUUUCUGUUCGUUUAACAAUUGAUAAAACGAAUUAAUAGAAAUAAUUUCGUUGACGUAUUUCGAUUAAAUAUAAUUGUAUGUAUUAACAAUGAAUUACAAUUUAAUUAUAAAAUUGUUCUGAUAUUUCUGAAGUCUCUACUCAGUAAGGCAUAGGCAAGUAAAACCAUGAACAAGUUAACUUAGGGCUUCGAGGGUUCAGGAACGUAAAUAGGAGUUCAUAUUUUUUUGCCUGGAGGGGGAGCGAUUAUCCUUCUUCAAAAUUAUUGGGCUUAAAUAAUGUUCAUUAAAGUGGUAUACACCGUAAAUCAUAAUUUAUGGUUACUUAAAUACAAUACAUGGGAAGGGUGAUCACUCCUACCGCCCCCCUUAAAUUACGUUCAUGCGUUGAUGGAGCUCACGAAUUAAGAUUCGUAGUCGUGCACAAAUUAUAAUUGCGAAAAGACGAUUUUAAAAUAUUCUUUACGUUUUUCGUUAUUGGCUACACUGUUACACAUUGCCACACUGGAUUUAUCAAACAAAACAAAGUAUCUGAUAACACACUUGAAUAAAAGAAAAUAAUAAAUAAAAAUCGAUAAAUUUCGUUUUUAUUUGAAUAUAAUCCUAUACUUUGUCGAUGAACCUACUACUUAACUAUUAAUAAUUUCUCAAUGGCAAUGUUUUCGGAUUUUAACAAAAAUUUUAAACAAUUAUUUUAAUUUAUUGCACUUAUUAAGUGUAUUGUGUAAAAGAUGGAAAACAUCAAGGGACUAACAUCAACACAACCGAAAUCAUUGAACGAACACAACAAUAACAAGGAAAAUAAGUUGCAUACAUUGAAAGAAGCACCAAAAAAAGGAUUGGUUCAGAUCAAAGAAUCGUUUAAAACAUUGAAAAAUGCUAAUAAGCUACCAGUUGUUUUUAAAGCAGAUAAAGGUGGUGCAAUACGAUUUAUGGGAGAUGGAGUUAGUUUUAAAGCUAAACUUAUUGGCAUAUUGGAAGUCAGUGAAGCUCGAGGGGAUAGAAUGUGCCAAGAAGCGUUGUUUGAUUUAAAGAUGGCUAUUCGGGCUGCUGGAGAACACAAACAACGUAUCACAAUUAAUGUAGCUAUUGAUGGAUUAAAAUUGAGAGAUGAAAAGACUGGGGAUUGUUUAUACCACCAUCCAAUACAUAAAAUUUCAUUCAUAGCACAAGACAUGGUUGACUCUAGAGCGUUUGGAUACAUAUUUGGUUCUCCUGAUACGGGCCAUAGAUUUUUCGGUAUAAAAACUGAUAAAGCCGCAAGCCAGGUUGUUAUAACCAUGAGAGAUCUUUUUCAAACAGUUUUUGAGUUAAAAAAACAAGAAAUCGAAAUGACUAGACAGCAACAAAUUAUGAAAGGCAGUGGACUCUAUCUAGAAGCGCUUGCUAGUACAACAUCAAAAACUGACCAUAUUAGUUGUAAUGAUGAUGGCUCUAAAAGAUUCAACCGUGAUUUAUCAAGUUUGGAAAAAUCUGAAUUUAAAAAUACAAUCCCAAAUGCCAAUGAUCUUUUGAAUUUGGAGCUUGAACUGAAUAAUCUUCAGCAAGGAUUGUCACAAAUGGAUAGUAUUACUCCACCAUCAAGUGAUCCAUUUGGUGAUUCUUUUACUAGUAUUCCAACUGUAUUAACUAAAUUACCACCACCACCUAGUUUUGGAGAACGAAGAACACGAAAUAGUUCAGCAACUUCAAGUGGACAACCUGAAAAACAUUGGUUUGAUAAAGAAACUGAAAGUAUUUUUAGUCUUACAAAUCCUAGUGAAGUUCGUCAAUCUCUACAGUCAUCUGAUUUUAAGGUCAAUGAAUCAGUUAAUCGUACAAGCCCAAUUAAGUCUGAUGCAUUUGAUGUAUUUACUGAACUAGAUCCAUUAGGAACUGGUCGCAGUAAACCAUAUGUGGAUAAGAAAGAUUUUUUUCAAGAACUUAAGAAUCCUCCUAAAAAAAUACUUAAUCAACUUGCUGGACAUGAAAACGAAAAAAUCUCAGAGCAACAACCUCAAAAUUUACCAACUAAAGCUGUUAGCCAUUCAUUUUCUUCCGAUCUGUCAUUUAAAGAUUCUGUUGGAUUUAUUGAAGAUCCAUUUAAAAAUGAUAAUUUUAUUAAAUCUCAUGAUUCAAAUUCUGUUGAGAUGGAGUUUGCUGAUUUUUCUUCAUUUGAAUCUCUUAAACCAGUUUCACCACAGUUGCAACAUAAAUCUCCAUUGUUAAAAAGUGAUAGUUCAUCAUCACAAAAUUCUGCUCAAGGAUUGUUAAAAGUUUCCCUUCCACCUGAAACACAAAAACCAUACAAUAUUUCUUCAUCCCCUAAAUAUAAUUUAAUGUCUAAAAAUAGAUCUAAGUUAAAAAUGAGAAAAACUCCUAGUCCAGAUUAUUAUAGAAAUGAAGAUCCAAUUUCACCUGAAGAUGAUUAUGCCAUUAUGAAAUUGAUGACAUUACCUCAACGAAUAGACGUUGCUCCUGAACCUCCACCAAGACCGUCAUCUUCAUUGGAGCCUCCACCUUUACCACCUAAAAAACAACAAGUAUCUUCUAAAAAUGUAAAACCAAUACGUACACGGAAUAACCAUUAUGAUUAUAUAGAAAAUUAUGUAAGUUCCUAUAGUUUACCAUCUACACAACAAGAUAAUGAAGCUCCUCCAUUACCAUUGCCAUCUAGAAAACCAAAAAAUGAUAUUAAGAAAAAAAAAGAAGAACUGGAUUCAGAAUAUUAUUUAGUACCAGUAUCAGUGAGAAAAACUAGCAAUGAAUCAAAAUCAAAUGGGUCUACUUCAUUGGAUAUUACAUUAAGUCAAUUAACUAAAACAGGGUUUAGUGAUUUAGCAGAUACUUUAAGAAUAUCUCCUACUUCUUUGUCAAAGAUGACUUUAAAAGAAUUGACUUUACGAUUGUCCAAAUUAACAACUACUAAUGGUAAUGAAGAACCACAAAGUGUUCUUAAAAAGACUGAAGAAGAAAAGAAAGAACCUGAAAAAUCUUUAUAUGAUAAAUAUGCAGUAUUUAGGGAGUUAUUAGAUGAAGAAAAAACUGAUACUGGAAUUAAAGAAAACGAUAAAUAUGCAGCCUUGAGAGAUAUUCCUAUGAAAGAUGAAACUUAUGAAGAAGAAUCAGCAGAAAACUUUCCUAUUGAAAAAAAUCAUAACAGUAAUAUUUCAGAACAAGCUAUUGAAUUAAAUAAUGAUCAAGUAUCUUCGAAUAAAGAUGAAAACGUUAUUGAUGAAGAAGUGGUUGAAAUUAAAAAUGUUGAAGACGACCAAGAUGAUGAUGAAGAUGAUGAUAUAGGUGGAAAUGAUGAUGAAGAUGAUGAUUACGAAGAACAAAAUCAUGUUAUUAAAAAGGAAGAUGUAAAAGAAGCAAUAGAAUGUGAAACUAUAAAAGACUCUGCUACAACAACAGUUAUAGAGAAUCCUGAACUGAUAGAAAAUAAUGCAAGUCAGAAAUUAUUCGAUAAUUCUCAAUGCUGGGCAACUUUUGAUGUCGAGCCAGAAACUGCCAAAAAAAUAACUUCUCCAUGGUCUACACAUGAUCAAGAACAACCUAUUCCUAAACCAAAAGUAAAUUUAAAAAAGGUAUCUUCAAACCGUAGUAAAUGUUCAUCUAGUUGGGAUGAUUGUGAAGAGUCUGAAGAUAAUUGGGAUAAUGCCAAAAGAAGUCUAGAAAGUUCAAUUGAAGAUUUUCCUCAAACUGAAAAUGGCUGGAGUGAUGGUGAAUCUAUGUAUGAGGAUGAACCUUAUUAUGGAAGAAAACAUAACAGAAGAAGUAAUCGUAAAAUAUCACCUCGGCAUCGUGAACCAUCACCAUGGGAUGAAAAAACUAGGUAUAGUGAUGAAUGGGAGCCUCCAUAUAUGUUUCCACCACAUUGGAGAGUACCACAUAUGGAUGACGAGCGAAGAAGGUCCUCAAAGGAUGAUAAAAGACGUAUUUAUGCCCGUCCUGAUAUAGAUAGAAGAGUUCAAAAAAUACCUUCUACACCCAAUUGGGAUGAUGAAAAAUACCAAAGGCUCAUGUAUGAAAGACGAAGAAGAUACUUGGAAGAGCAAUAUAAUUGGGAUCGAUAUGGACCACCAAUUCCAAAAGGAUAUAAGAAUUACCCUAGACCGCCACCUAUUGAUAAUAGUGACGAUGAUGAUAUAAAAAUGCGGUAUAGAUUACCAAGAAAGAAUAGAUAUAUAUCCACAACAACACCCAGAAAACCAAGAAGAUCAUAUCAUCGGCGGAGUGAAGGUAGUGAUGAAGAGCGUAACAUUCCACCUAGAAAACCUUAUAGUCAAGAAGAAUUGGACUUAAGCGAAUCUGAGCUCGAACAAAAUUGGUCUAGAAGAUCAACAAAAAAAUGGUCAUUGAAACGUAAUCAAACUUCUCCUUUUGAUGAUAACUUCACACCUGAUAGUCCCGAUUCUUCAUUAUUUACCAAAACAGUGAGUACUUGUUCUGAUUUGGGAUACCUUACUAAACCAUCUCCGUCCACUAGUUCAAAAACUAAUAGAAAUGCUAGAAGACCAAAACGAUCUGAUAGUGGUCAUAGGUCUAUUGAUUCAAACUCGAAAAUUGAAGCAUCAAAGCGUUCUCCAUUUGAAGAUGAUUUUACACCAGAUAAUGCUGCUGCUAAAGGUAGUAUAUCUAGUGAAUUCAGUUUUAAAGAUGAUGAUGUUUUUACGGCCAAAGAAGUUAAAAUUCCUCAAGAAGAGAUAUCAAGUUCACCUAAAGAAAUGAAAAAAUCAGAGUCUAUUAAUAUAUUUGCUAGAAAUACAGACCCAUUUGAAGAUGAUGAAUUUUUUACUCAAGAAGUAUCCAGUAAACCAAAUCUAGCUUCUUUGGAAGAAGCUAUUUCAGACCGUGAAAGUGAGGAAUGGGAUAAAAAGCCUGAUCGAACUAAAAACGAAUGAGACUAUCAAUAUGUGGUCCGGCCUAAAAUAAAGGGGGCCACUAGUAAGUUGAGAAAAGUUUUUAAAAAAUUUAACAAAUUUGUGAACAAAUUAUUUUAAUGAU